AUGGCUGGCGAAGAAAUUUGUCAAGUGCUGGUGUGGAUUAAACUUUAUGUUGUUCCUCUUGAAUAUUGGACUCCUACGGGGUUAAGUUAUGUGGCUAGUGCUAUAGGGAGACCUCUAUACAUGGAUAGUAUCACGCUUGUAGGGAAUAGACUUGAUUUUGCUAAAGUGUGUGUUGAAUUAAACACAUCCUCAACCUUCCCAGAGAAAAUUGAAUUUGCACUUCCUAAUGGUGAAUCUAUUGAUUUUGGUGUGGAAUAUACAUGGAAACCAAGAGCAUGCGUUAGGUGUAGAACUUUAGGCCAUGCUAUUAAGGAUUGCAUCUCGCCCCCUAAAGAGAAUAAGGUGCAGACUUCGCCCUCUAAGCCAAAACAAACCAAAAUAUGGAAUGUGGUCAAUAGGAGGAAGGAUGUGGUGUUGGGCAAUGAGUCACUUGAUGUCAUGGUGGGUAAUAAAUUAGGGAAGGGGUUAUCUUUGGAAGGUCUUAGUAGAGUUGGUAAUGGGAAGAAUGAAACUAGCUUACCCGAGGCUAAUAUUAUCGAGGAUGGGGUUAAUUUGAAUAAUUCUUUUGCUAAGGAAAGUCGGUUUGCUAUCUUGAGUGAACAAUAUGUAGAGAAGGACUUUGGGGAAAGUGUGUCGGAUGGGUCUAAAAUCAAUGGGGAAACGUCUAAGAAAAGGAUGGUAUGA